CAUCUUCCUGCCCUCGGACGGGCAAGCCCUUGUCCUCGGCCGGGGACCCUUGACCCGCGUUACCGACCGGAAGUGCUCCAGAAACCAAGGCGAGAACCCGCGUCACAGGCAGUCCUAUGGCCUUUAUCUGAUUCCUGCAUAUAAAGGAGAGAGCCGAUCCCAUUUAGAGAUAAACUGCUUUCCCCUCCGGAACGGGUGCUAUGGCCCCCAUCCUGUGGCUUAAAGCUGGCCGUGCUCUCCAGUAAUGAGGAAAACGAUCACACAAGGAUGCACAUUCUGACUCCACCCUCUCAACCCUCAGUGGAGCUGGUCGCAGACCCUGGGACUAAGACCGUGGCAGUGAAACAGCUGGGAAUUAACCCCUCAACUGCUGGGACCCAGGAGCUGAGUCCGGGGGCAGAAGGCUCUCUGAGGGUGGGGGACACACUGUAUUUGGUCAACGGCCUCCACCCGCUAACCCUGCGCUGGGAAGAGGCCCGCACGUCUGAAUCCCAGCAAGACACUCCACCCGGCACCCCUCCGGUGGCCCCAGACGCUUCAGGGGACGUUGAACCACCGAAGAAGAAGAAGCGGAUGCGGAAGUCAUCCUCCGGCUGGGAGAAUUUUGAGAAGCUGCUAGUGUUUACAGCACCUGGGGUGAAGCCCCGGGGCAAGGUGGCCGCCUUUGAUCUGGAUGGGACCCUCAUCACCACCCGCUCUGGGAAGGUCUUUCCCACUGGCCCCAGUGACUGGAGGAUCUUGUACCUAGAGAUUCCCCGUAAGCUCCGGGAACUGGAUGCGGAAGGCUACAAGCUGGUGAUCUUCACCAACCAGAUGGGCAUCGGGCGCGGGAAGCUGCCGGCAGAGGAGUUCAAGGCCAAGGUGGAGGCUGUGGUGGAGAAGCUGGGCCUUCCCUUUCAGGUGCUGGUGGCCACGCACGCGGGCUUGUACCGGAAGCCGGUGAUCGGCAUGUGGGACCAUCUGCGGGAGCAGGCCAACGAGGGCGUGCCCAUCUCCGUCGGGGACAGUGUCUUUGUGGGAGACGCAGCCGGACGCCCAGCCAACUGGGCCCCGGGGCGGAAGAAGAAAGACUUCUCUUGUGCGGACCGUCUGUUUGCCCUCAACCUUGGCUUGCCCUUCGCCACGCCGGAGGAGUUCUUCCUGAAGUGGCCCGUCGCCAGCUUUGUGCUCCCCGCCUUUGACCCGAGAACCGUCUCCCCCUCGGGGCCGCUCUACCUCCCUGAGGCCAGCUCCCUCUCGAGUCACAGCCCUGAAGUGGUGGUCGCCGUGGGAUUUCCUGGGGCUGGCAAGACCACCUUCCUGCAGGAGCAUCUCGUGUCGGCUGGCUACGUCCACGUGAACCGGGACACCCUGGGCUCAUGGCAGCGCUGCGUGACCACGUGCGAGACCGCUCUAAAGCAAAGGAAACGGGUGGUGAUCGACAACACAAACCCGGACCCUCCUACCCGGGCCAGGUACAUUAAGUGCGCCCGGGACGCGGGGGUCCCUUGCCGCUGCUUCCUUUUCGGCGCCACGCUGGAGCAGGCGCGCCACAACAACCGGUUCCGAGAGAUGACCGGCUCCUCUCACGCCCCCGUGUCCGACGUCGUCAUGUUUGGCUACAGAAAGCAGUUCGAGGCCCCGACGCUGGCGGAAGGCUUCUCGGCCAUCCUGGAAAUCCCGUUCCGGCUGAAUGUGGAGCCUCCCCUCGAGCGGCUGUACCGCCAGUUCUCAGAGGGCUGAGCUGCCCCCACCCCCCACCCCCCACCCCCCAAUAAAUGGUUUUCCUUUAA